AAAGACCUAUAUCGAGACGAGUAUCAACAGCAGUUUUUUGCUGUCAGAAAAAUUCCCUGUAUAGUGCAGUGUGUGUACAGAGACUACCAAUCAUUACACAGCCCUUGAAUGACAUCGAGAACAGAUAUGCAGACCUGCUUGCCAAGAUUGAGCUAGAAAACAGCUAUCUUUCUGAUUUCGAAAUUCGGCUGAUAAGUGAGGCCCAUAUUGACAGAAAGGACACCGAAGAUGAGAAGACAGGAGAUACAGAAACUGCACUUGAUCUGCAAGAUAAAUGGGAUGUUGAGAUGAAAGCAUUUGUGCCAGCACCCAGGGAGACUGAAGCAGAUAGAACAAAUAAUCAGCGAACAGUUGACAGAAAGCUGGACUCGCCUCUUUACCUGCUUGUGAAGCAGAAAAUUGAGGGGAAUGAUCAUUGGGUUUUACCGCAGGCGGUCUUUCAGCAAGGGGAGACUUUAAGACAGGAGAGGGCACUGUCCACACUGUGUGGGGAGGUAAAGACAACUUUCUUGGGGAAUGCCCCCUGUGCUGUAGCCAAGUUUGAUCCCAAAGAAAAGGUUGAUGACAGCAAAAUUAAGCUGUUUUUCUUCCAAGCCUGGUACAGAGGAGGAGAGAUCACACCCAACAAGACAGAAGCCAAAGACUUCUUAUGGGUCACCCGGAAAGAGCUGUCCAAUUUUUGCCACGCCAGCUACCGGAAACAUUUAAAGAAAUUUAUAUUUGAUUUGUGA